CAACCAAAAACUAUGUGCAGCUGGUUUGACCAAUCAGGAAGCACGUUGAUUUCAAACAGCGGCGGGUCUAGGAAGUAGACGAAGCAACAAUGAGCGAGUAAGAGUGUUUAUUUUUACCCAGUGAAGUUGUUAUUUUAUUUGUUUAAAUAAAUAGUAUGUAUGAUAAUAAAUAUAGUAACGCUUGAAUCACUUAAUGGGAUUAUUAAGGUUGGUGCACUUAAACUGAUGUGACGGUCCAAACUGUAAAAUGAACUCCAUGAUGAAGCCAUUCAAGAGGAAUCGUGUGGUGAUGUUAAAAACAUAUGGCAAACAAAUGCGGAAAGUUGAUGCCUGGUUCUCCCCUGACACCAGAAAAACUGCCUUUUCCAGCUCGUCCUCUUCAGACCUGUCCAUCGGUGCUGAAGAAAACUGCACUGUAAAUCCAGGAAGAGUACGGCAGAGAAAGCAGACUACUGCUAGGCCAAAAAGAAAUGCUAAAAAAAGAGCUCUAACAUCUCUUAAAGACAGUGAAGAGGAGGAAGAGGACUCCAUCUUCAGUGUUGGGAAAGAAAAUAAAAGUGAUGCCACUGCCAGAAAGGACACAGUCAGCAGAAAAGGAAAGCGACAUGCUGCCACCUUGAGGCCAAAAAGGAAUGCAAAGCGGGCCGUGUUGAAACAGAAUACCAACGAAAAUGGCUCUGUUGAUGAAAAAGAGGAGGCAAUAGAGGGAAUGGAAGAUGUUGCAGCCUGUAAAGAGAACAAUGGUUGUGUCGUCAAGACUAGAAGAAAAAACACCAGCAGGCAGAGUAAAGAGAGUACAAACUCCUCAAGGUUACCACAAAAUUCAAAGCAGAGAGCUGUAUCAAGGAUGAAACUGACCAGUACCAGUGAAUCAAAUGAUGUGGAGGUAGCUGAUUGCCUUGAAGAUUUCAUUGCCAGUUCUGGAAAAGAAAAUAUAGUUGACGCCAGGGAUCAAAGAACCACAGUCAAAAGUCAAAGUAAACCGAGUACAUCCUCUGCAAGGCUGCAGAGGAGUGCAAAGCAGAGAGCUCUAUCAAGUGUUAAAUUGACCAGUACUAGUGAAUCUAUUGAUGCGGAGAUAGCUGGAGAAACGGAAGAAUUCAUCACCAGUUAUGGGAAAGGAAAUGCAGACGACUCCAGGGAUCGAUGGGCCAGAGUCAGCAGGUCUGCUGCAUCAUCGUUUGUGCGUCCAGUCGCUCUGGGGAAGUUCGUCACAGACCGCAGAAAAGCUCUCGAUGAGAAUAUGAGGGUCAGGAAAACAAGACCAGUAAAAGGCCGGAGCGUCUCUUUUUUAAAGGACACUUUAAAUUCCUCUGAAGAUUUUAAGAAAACCCCUGUUCCUUCGUCCCGAUUCGUUGCAAAGAUGAAGCGCACAAGAUACAAACGUAAAUCACUGUUGGGGAAUACAAGUUCAGAGAUGUCCAGCCUUUUUUCAAACUGCAAAAAGAAAAAAUGUCGUGUAAGUGAACGCUCUUUCAGUAGCACAGCUGACAGCAUGUUGAAAACAAGGGCUUACAAACAGCCACUUCUAGCCAGCACGCCCUCUGCCAGUUGCCAGCCCUGUUACAAACCCUACGAUCCGUCCUUCAGCGAGAUCUCCUUUAGCAAUGAAGAACCAGAGGAAGUUUGCAAAACCAAUAUGGAAGAAGGCAAGGAUGUACUUUCACCAGAGGGGCGUGAAUUAAAAUUCCUGGUAGGACGGGGUUCUAAAAAUUGCACCAAAGGUGACUCUGUUAAAGGGAUGCCCAGUUUGGAAAUUAUGCAGCACGAUGUUGAAAAUCAUGAAGUUGAAUACAGCAGGGAACUGUUUUCGCAGACUAAUGAGGCUUCUAUAGUUUCUCACCCAAACAGGACAAACAAGGAAAUGCUCAUCACAAAAACACCUGAAACACAUAUUUCGGAUCAGUCCAGUAGUGUGAAUGAUUGUCUUGUUUUUGUGUCGUCACCGUUAAUUAAGGUAUCGCAGCCUGUAGUUCUACUGAAACCUGUAGACAUACCCAAGCACUUGGUGAACCAUAAUCUGCAAAGUAAUCCGGAGAAACCUGAAUGCUAUGCUGCUAGUGACAAGACACAGGUACUUCAAGAAAAACAUUGUAGGAGGUUGAACAUGGACUCAACCAUGUGCAGAAAGUUGUCUGCACAGCAGAGUGAUUACAAAAUGGCAGAUAACACCCAUUCCUCAGACUUCACUGAGUCAAGAAGUGGACAGAAUGUUUCAUCAGAGACAGAUGACGUUAAAGUUCUGGAAGAAAGACACAGCUUGGAUGUUACUCCACAAUAUGUCCAAAAUACUGUAUCCUUGGAUGGUAGGGAUGUUGUUCAACUGCAAAAACAAAACAAAACUGAAGAAAGGAUCUUGAAUAAAACACCUAAAAUAAGCCCCUCUAUCUUGAGCAUCACAGUGGACAAUUCUCCGCUUACUGUUGUAUCUGAGAAGAAUAAACAGCCCGUAAGGUUAUCAAAUGCAUGUUUAAAAGAAAGAUGUAUUGUCUCGCAGCCUGUCGUUGUACUUCAACGUUCAAAGUUACCAAUUGAUAUUUACAAGCUCAGGGAUAUGAAACAACGCCGGAGUUUGGACUCUAAACAAGAGCUUUCGUACUCGAGUCAUCAGAUUGAGAAGACUGUUUUCACUGAGCACCUUAACUUACCAGACACAACUCAGAAUCAUUCCAUAAAAAACUUGGUUCCUAAUAAAGAGACUGCCGUUCCUACUAGCCCUGUUGCUGAUUGUAUAGUACCAGAGUUUGCCCAGACAAAGGAACUUGAAAUAGGAAGUAGAAGUAGGUUGAAUGUGGAUUUGACCUUGUGCAGAAAGGUGUCUGCACAGCACCCUAUUGGAUUGCUUAGUAGCUCUAAAAAGAAGAAAACUGAUGCACCUGAGGCUGCUAAAACAGACAGCACCUCGUCUGACUCCUCUGAAUCACGAAAUAACCAGGCUGUCUCUCCAGCCAAAAAGAAAGUCCCGGGGAGAGUUAGAACCCGCGGUAUACCGAAGGAAAAACCAGUAACUGGGCGAAAAGCCUGCAUCAGUGGCUUUAGCGCUAGUAGGUGGACCAAAAAUGGAAAAGCGCAAAAGGAGCAACGUAGAAAGCACUUUACAUAUCAAUUGUUGGCAACCAGAAAUGCAGAUAACUCGCUGGACGAUUUCAGUUGCAGGCCUCUUCAUAACCCAAAAUGGUCAAUGGGUAACAUGGACAGUUGGUUGUGCGAUGCCAAUGACCUGAUGCCACCUGUGACCCCUUUGAGGAAAGAUUGUCUCCAAAAGUCAUCUUUUUUGCUCAAUUUUACCCCAGAAACUUUUAACACUCAUAACUGGUCAAGACUUAAAGCAUCACUUUCUGUUCACAAGAAGAUGAAAGCAAUUUUAACGCCAAAGAAAUUGAACCUUUCCAACCCAGUUUCUGAAAAGGAUCUAGGAACUGUAACUCCAUUUUCAAACAAAUCUCUGAGGCUGCUUUCUGGUGCAGAAGGCUCUUUCCUGAAUACUCUGAAUCUCUCGGAUAUCUCGGAUGCAGAGAAGCUGUAUCAGGAAUGCAAACAGGAUGGUCCUUUAUCUUUUGAAGAAUGUAUACCCCCCCACAAAAUGCAGUCGUGUAAAAAGAUUGGUGAAGGAGCCUUUGGAGAAGUGUUUUGCACGACAAACAACAACAAUGAGUUUGUUGCUUUAAAGAUCAUUCCUAUUGAAGGGGAGCAGACGGUUAAUGGAGAAAUGCAGAAGAAAUUUGAUGAAAUUCUCCAUGAAGUAAUUAUCUCAAAAGAAUUGAGCAACUUGAGUGAAAUGGAAGAAAACAAAACUGAAGGCUUCAUUACUUUGCAUGAUUUGCAUUGUGCUAAAGGGUCGUAUCCAAAACCUCUUCUGAAAGCCUGGGACAAAUUUGACAAACAGAGAAACUCUGAAAAUGAUCGUCCAGAUUUUUUUGAGGAAGACCAGCUGUUCCUGAUUCUAGAAUUUGAAUUUGGAGGCAGUGACCUUGAAAAUAUGCAAAAAAAGCUGCCUUCACUGGCUACGGCAAAAAGUAUUUUGCAUCAAGUUACUGCAUCACUGGCUGUUGCGGAACAGGCUUUAUGUUUUGAACAUAGAGAUUUACAUUGGGGCAACAUCCUGGUGAAGAAGACCAAUGUUAAGGAAGGGAAAUAUACAAUCAAUGGGACCACUUACAAUGUCAUGACUAAUGGUGUUCAUGUAAACAUCAUAGACUACUCACUCUCCAGGCUGGAAAUUGAUGGUCUGACUGUUUCCUGUGACAUUUCAACUGAUGAAGGACUCUUUAUGGGGCAGGGAGACUACCAGUUUGAGAUUUAUCGAAAAAUGAGAGAAGAAAACCACAACAGUUGGAGUGAGUACAACCCUCAUACCAAUGUGCUGUGGCUUCAUUACCUGACAGACAAAUUAUUAAAGAUGAGCUACAAAACCAACCCACGGUCUCAUGCUUUGAAAGAAACAAAGAAAAAUAUUGAGCAAUUCUACAGAGAACUCCUACAAUAUGAAUCUGCAACUCAAGUCCUACAGUCUUGCAGUUUGUUCCAGUGAAGAAAGACCUUCCCUUUUUAACAUUUAAAGAAAAGCAUGUACUGCUGAAUGUUACUCAAGAUUUAGAUUAGUCUGUGUGCCAGUAUACCGAGCAUAGAAUUAUUUGUUAAAAAAAAACUGUUCAUCUUUGUGUUAGCUAUUUGAGAACAUACCUGUGACUGUCAAUGCAGUUUUUUUCUCAAGUGUUAAUUUGUAUUUAAAGUAAUGUAGUUGUUCCUUUUAUGUGUACAGUUUGUCUUUUUUUUAUCUGACCGAAAUGGUAAAUACUGUAUUUAGCUUGAUCAGCAUUCUUUGAAUUUACAGGGUCUUUGCAACGUUCUACUGGAUUAUACCACUACCUUGGUACUAUGUUAUGGUCUUCCUGAACCUCAGUUAGACCUUUUCAUAUUGAUGUGAAUUCAGCUUUCCAAACACUUGACAAUUAAUUGGUUUGUUUCAUAUCUGUUUUAAAACUCCUCUCUACAAUUGAAUUAAAAAGCCUCAAACGAACCUUAUAACCCUUAAUGAGUAUAAUUGAAGUUGUGGAGAACUUAUUGAAGACAAUUUAAGGAGCUGACCACACAAUCCAGAAUAAGCCUAUACUGCUCCCUCAAUUAAAAUGUAGUGCCAGUAGCAUCCUGUCAAGCAUUGUCAUCUACUGUAACUUUUAGCACCUAAUUUGUAUAUCACUAUUAAAUUAAUAUUGAUAUACUUAAGGUGUAAGCUAGUAUUUUUUUUUUUUACAGUGCGUGCCACCCUAUAUAUAUUUUAGUAUGAUCAAAUACAUAUGAACAAAAUUGUUUAUAGAGGACGGUCACUAUUUUUGCUCCAGAAAAGCACUUCAUACCCCAGUUGCCUUGUUUCACUUGUCAAAUCUAAACAGAUGUUACCAAGCCUGGACUCAUAUGGCACCUGACCAGUAGGGGUUGCUGAAGUCCGAUGAGAUGGACUGUGCCAGAUGUUUCAUUUCCAGCACAAUGACAAUGUAAUUUUCCCUGUGGGAUUCUACACAACCGUUACUCGAUUAGCAUUUGAACCAGCGAGUGCCUGAUUAUAUGGCUCACCAUGCAGUCCUGCAUAGCAGUGCCUUUACUAGGUUACAAGUUUAAUUAAUUCUAAAUGGAAUGUAAGCCCUUAAUUUCCUUCAGGAUUCUAAUAAACGGCAGUUUGAAUUACAAACAUUAUAAAUUACCCCUCUUCACAGUACAGACUAUUAAAUACAUCAUGCAAAGGAAACUAAUGUAUAAAUGAUGUCUCAAAUAAAUAAAAUGCUUUCUUUGUUAAAGAA